AUGAACUCGCUGAACAUCCUGUCCUCGCGAGUCAUUGGCCAAUCUUCCAGCUCUUCACGCCACAGAUCACAGUCCCAAGGCGAUAGCAAACGUGCACCUCUACCGACAGACUUCUCGAAACUCCGGUCUUAUAGCGAGGAUAACUUUCGGUCCCUCGACCCCACCGAGAAGAGCUAUGACGGUGGACCACCGCCCGUGGGCGAAUAUGGAGAGGAAGAUGUGCCCUAUGAAUUAGACGAGAAGACACAGUUACUGCAUGAAGCUCACAAGAAAGGCACGCUCACUGCUCGAAGUACUUGGCGACUAAUUACCCAACGAUUUUUCGAUGCGAUCACGGAAACCCUCAAGUUCAUCAUGUCUACGUUUGCUGCACCCGGUGUGUAUUUGGCUCAAUGCUUUCAGGCCGAAGAUGGUCACUACUCGCUCCUUGCACCUGUUCGGAAAUUGCGGCGCUCUUCUGCUGCCCCAACAAUGCGGCCGGAUAAGGCCAUCCGGGUGGAAGGUCGGCGCCGGAGUGGCUCCACCCGGAAGCUGCGAUCUCAAGGCUCUCACGAAUCUAUUAUAUCAACAACGUCAGAGUCUGACACAGAUCGACGACAUAUCAAGCAUCUAUCAACCGGGAAGAACCGGCCUACCAAGACGAAAGGUCACGAUCCUGAUUCAAUCCCAGAAGCGGAAGAGAAUGAGAACACGCCCCGUCGGUCUAUACGAAUCAAGCUCCAUAAUGAAGAAUCUCUCAAGCGGCAGAAACAUCGAAGAUCCCAGACUGCGGAUUUAGGGCAUCCGGUGCCCAAGGGUGUCUCUCGAGUCCAGGGUGCUGUCCACCUGGACAGCUUGAAGUCCCCAACCUCUCCCAAUAUCCACCGCAUAACAAAGUACCCGCAUUCUCCAACUCCACCACGCCCACUCCUCCCGCCACGAGUACCUUCAUAUACUGCAGCUCCCCGCAAUGCGAGGCCUCCGCAGAAGACCUUGGUGCUGGAUCUCGAUGAGACCCUAAUCCAUUCGCUUGCCAAGGGUGGCCGGAUGUCCAGUGGUCACAUGGUCGAGGUCAAGCUCUCGAUACCUACGACUACUUCAUUAUCCCCGGGCGGACCGCAAACGACACUGGGCCCCCAGCACCCCAUUUUGUACUACGUGCAUAAACGACCGCAUUGCGAUGAGUUCUUGCGCAAGGUUAGUAAGUGGUAUAAGCUCGUCAUUUUCACAGCUAGCGUUCAAGAGUAUGCCGACCCUGUCAUCGACUGGCUCGAGUCGGAGCGGAAAUACUUCCAAGGCCGUUUAUACCGACAGCAUUGCACAUUCCGUAACGGGGCGUACAUCAAGGACCUGAGUUCUGUGGAGCCGGAUCUGAGUAAGGUGAUGAUUCUGGACAACAGCCCGAUGAGUUAUAUCUUCCACGAAGAUAAUGCGAUUCCUAUCGAAGGUUGGAUCAAUGACCCCACGGAUAACGGUCUGCUCCACUUGGUUCCCAUGCUCGAAGCUUUACAGUCUGUCACGGAUGUCCGGGCUUUGCUGGCACUUCGCCGUGGUGAAAUCGAGUCAUGA